UAGACGUAAUGACGUUCCGGGCCUGGACUUCCACACCGCUGUUGGGUUUCACAUCGUAGCUGUCACCCAGGAGGCAGAGCAGAGGGCAUUUGUCAACGCGGCCGAGGAGGGAGCCGCUUACCUUACUUAUAAACUCGCGGGGGUUAUAUCGACUAUCAGAAGACUUUUUGUUGAAAGCCAGAGGUGACAGGCAGCUGUGAAUAACCAAGGCCCUCUGCAGACAGAACUCCCUUCCUGACCAGCUGAUUGACGGCUUUGUGACAAGUAUUGGACAAGGACUUCUCUCCCCCCCCCCCACCAUCUCAUUGGUUGUCUUGGAGACCGAGACAACGUUUUGUGUGUGCGUUAACGGACUUCGAUGCACCGCUUAAGGACUUGUGCAGCACGGCUACGGCCGCUGACGGCCAAUCAGAAGGCCCAGAACUUUUCCCAGCAGAGGCCCGCGGCCGCCCAAAGGACGUUUCAGCCAAUCCGGUGCUACACGGCACCGGUGGCCGCGGAGCCCUUCCUGAACGGAACAAGCUCCAACUAUGUGGAGGAGAUGUACCUUUCCUGGCUGGAGAAUCCCAAGAGUGUUCACAAGUCUUGGGACGUCUUCUUCCGUAACGCCAACGCAGGUGCCCCCCCCGGGGCGGCCUACCAAAGCCCCCUGGGCAUGACCGUGGCCAGCCUGCCCCAGGCCAUGGUCGGGGCUCAGCCCAACGUGGAGAAGUUGGUAGAGGAUCACCUAGCGGUCCAGUCCCUUAUCAGGGCUUACCAGAUCCGAGGGCACCAUGUUGCCCAGCUGGACCCUCUGGGGAUCAUGGACGCUGAUCUGGACUCAAGCGUCCCCUCUGACAUUAUAACAUCCUCGGAUAAACUCGACCUGACUGUGUUCAAGGAUCGCCUCAGUAUUCUCACAGUGGGAGAAUCUGAUUGCAAAUCACAUUUUAGGGACAGUUCUAAAGACUGGGAAACUGGCUUCUACGGUCUGGAUGAGUCGGACCUGGACAAGGUAUUCCGCCUGCCCACCACCACCUUCAUCGGGGGCGCAGAGAGCGCUCUGCCCCUCAAGGAGAUCAUCCGCCGCCUGGAGAUGGCGUACUGCCAGCACAUUGGGGUGGAGUUCAUGUUCAUAAACGACCUGGACCAGUGCCAGUGGAUUCGAGAGAAGUUUGAGAAGCCGGGUGUCAUGCAGUUCACCCUGGAGGAGAAGAGGACACUGCUGGCUCGCAUGGUCCGCUCCACCAGGUUCGAGGAGUUUCUCCAGAGGAAGUGGUCCUCUGAGAAGCGUUUUGGUCUGGAGGGCUGCGAGUCCUUGAUACCCGCCCUGAAAACCAUCAUCGACAAGUCCAGCGCCAACGGUGUGGAGAACGUCAUCAUGGGCAUGCCUCACAGGGGCCGUCUGAACGUGUUGGCCAACGUGAUCCGUAAGGAGCUGGAGCAGAUCUUCUGUCAGUUUGACUCCAAACUGGAGGCUGCUGAUGAGGGCUCCGGAGACGUCAAGUACCACCUGGGGAUGUACCACCGCAGGAUCAACCGUGUGACCGACAGGAACAUCACGCUGUCCCUGAUGGCCAACCCCUCCCACCUUGAGGCCGUGGACCCCGUGGUGCAGGGCAAGACCAAGGCCGAGCAGUUCUACUGCGGAGACACCGACGGCAACAGGGUGAUGUCCAUCCUGAUGCACGGCGACGCUGCGUUUGCCGGUCAGGGCGUGGUCUACGAGACGUUCCACCUGUCCGACCUGCCGUCCUACACCACGCACGGCACGGUGCACGUGGUGGUCAACAACCAGAUCGGCUUCACCACCGACCCCCGCAUGGCGCGCUCCUCCCCCUACCCCACCGACGUGGCCCGGGUGGUCAACGCGCCCAUCUUCCACGUGAACGCCGACGACCCCGAGGCGGUGAUGUACGUGUGCAACGUGGCGGCCGAGUGGCGGGCAACCUUCCACAAGGACGUGGUGGUGGACCUGGUGGGCUACCGGCGCAUGGGCCACAACGAGAUGGACGAGCCCAUGUUCACCCAGCCGCUCAUGUACAAGCAGAUCAAGAAGCAGAAGGGCGUGCUGCUCAAGUACGCUGAGAAGCUCAUCGCUGAGGGCGCCGUCACCAGGCAGGAGUACGAGGAGGAGAUAGCGAAGUAUGAUAAGAUCUGUGAAGAGGCUCAUGCUCGCUCCAAGGAUGAGAAGAUCCUCCACAUCAAGCACUGGCUGGACUCCCCCUGGCCUGGUUUCUUCACCCUGGACGGCCAGCCCAAGAGCAUGAGCUCUCCCUCCACUGGUCUGACAGAGGAAGAGCUGGCACACAUCGGCCAGGUGGCCUCGUCAGUCCCCGUGGAAGACUUCACCAUCCAUGGAGGUCUGAGUCGUAUCCUGAAGGGCAGAGGGGAGAUGAUCAAGAACAGGACGGUGGACUGGGCCCUGGGAGAGUAUAUGGCCUUCGGCUCGCUGCUGAAGGAGGGGACCCACGUCCGCCUGAGCGGACAGGACGUAGAGAGGGGAACCUUCAGCCAUCGUCACCACGUGCUUCACGACCAGAACGUCGACAAGAGGACCUGCAUCCCCAUGAACCACGUGUCUCCCAACCAGGCCCCCUACACCGUCUGCAACAGCUCUCUGUCCGAGUACGGAGUCCUGGGCUUCGAGCUGGGCUUCGCCAUGGCCAGCCCCAACGCCCUGGUGCUGUGGGAGGCCCAGUUCGGAGACUUCCACAACACGGCCCAGUGCAUCAUCGACCAGUUCAUCUGCCCGGGCCAGGCCAAGUGGGUCAGACAGAACGGCAUCGUCCUGCUGCUGCCCCACGGCAUGGAGGGCAUGGGCCCAGAGCACUCGUCUGCCCGUCCAGAG